AUGGUUUAUGGACAACCUAUCAAGUUGCCGGGAAAGUUUUUCGAAAAGCCUAAAAAUAGCUGGGAUACCGAUACGUUUGAAAAAGACCAACAGAAACAGAUGCAACAGUUAAAACCAUUAGAAUCUCGCCGCAAAUCUUCUAAAUCUGUUUUCAUUCACAAAGAUUUGGGCCGUAGUACACACGUCUUCAUACGCAUUGACAGAAUUCGAAAGCCUUUGGAACCACCGUAUAAUGAACCUUUUCUAAUUGUAAAAAGACCUGAUAAGUAUUUCAAUGUUAAAAAUAAGGGCAAGGAUACAAAUGUAUCCAUUGAUAGAUUAAAAUCGGCAUAUCUGCUAACUGAUAUAGACGUUCCUCUUCUGGACUCAGGUCAUGCCCAAACAUUGCCCAACGAAACACUGACGCCAGCAGAUCCAGAAACUGAAAAACAACCACCAGAUCUGUUAAACAAAAAUGUUCAAACAGAAAAAAUUACACGCUCUGGUAGACAUGUAAGAUUUCCAGUGCGUUACAGAGAUUAA